AUGGCUAUCACCCCGACUCAAUUCGCCAAGAAGACGGCCCAGUCCGCCAACUGGGGCGAGGCCAAGCGCCGAGUGCUCGCCUCCUACCGGGAAUGGAUUCGAGCUGUCCCCGAGAUGCAAACCAUGUACAACCUUCCGAUGCCCAUCUCGACCAUUCGCACCCGGAUACGAGAGGAAUUCGAGCGCCAGCGAUACGUUGACAAGCUCCGAGUCGCCGACGUCCUCAUCUUUAAGUCGCAUGCCGAGUACCAGGAAAUGAUGAACUUCUGGAAGCAGACUACCCACGUCAUGUCAUACUUCAAGGACGAGAACUUUAGGGGGGACAAGAGACUACCAUCCAGCUUCAUGUCUGGUUUCCUAGAG